AUGGAGCUCGGCCUGCAGAUCAUCACCCACUCCCGCCCGCUGGUGCACUUCCUGGGCUGCGGGGCAGGGGACGCGGACACGCAGGAUGUAUUUCGAGGCGAUUGCUUCCUCCGACACGUGACGGAGUCCGACCAGCAGCGUUUCCAGGAAUUCCUUGCGGCGACGUCGGCUGUCCAGCCAGAGGGUGGCGACGCCCUCGUACGCGCUACAGGGGCUCCCGCCUCCAUCCAGAUGUCGCUGCGGAGCCGCCGCGGCGGCCACGUCCCCGUGGAGCUGUUCGUGGUCCCUCUCCCGGACCUCGACGACGCGCUGGGGUUCCUGAUGGGCAUCCUUCGCAUCCGGGAGACCGGGGCGCUCCCGCUGGAGGCGCGCGUGGACGCGCCGGGGGCCGUGGCGCUGCUGCCGCGCGCGGCCAUCCCCGGGGAGGCAGCCGGCUCGCCGCCCUCGCGCGCCGCGCCCGGGGGCCCCCCGCCCUGCGGCCCGGCGAACGAUCGGACGCCCAGCGGCACCGAAGCCGCUGCGCACACCCCGCCGGGGCCGGACGCCGAAGCACGCUCGUCGCGCAGGCCCUGCUCGUCUUCCUCGGGCUCGUCUGCCUCCCGGUCCUCGUGCUCUUCCGGGCGCCGCGCCGCGGCAGCCGCCGGGGUCCAGGCCGUGUCUUUGCGGGUUGACUCCGCGAGUCCGGGGCGCUGUCAGAACCUGAUGCACGCAAGGGAGUACUACUGCGAGGUGGAAGAGGCGGAUUGUAGCAUGGGCGCUCUCAAUCUCCUCUGCAACGGUGAUGCGUUUCUGUCGGCUGCGAGCGCCGUGCUGGCAGCGGCCAGCCCUGAGCCAGAAUCCGAGGAGGACGACGAUUUUGAUGUGCUGAUCAGGAUGCAGGGGCUGUCGAAGCUGUGGGCGCCCUGGGCAGGCGCUGGCGCGUCGCCGUCGCUGGCGGGCUUCAUGCAGGUGCGCGGGUGGUACGCUGUCGUGCACGUUGGCUUGGACCUUAUUAGAGGCUGCUCGGGCAACUCCGCCACCGUCGGCACGCUCUCGCACUUGGCUGGCUUCGUGGGCGGCCUGUGCUACGUGCUGGCAGCCCUGCCGGACCUGGGCGGGCAGCCCGUGCCCACUGUGCCGUGCCUGCGCGCCGGGCCGGGCGGGCGCUUUGUCGAGGCGGAGUGCCUGGCCUUCUUCUCGAUCGGCUACAAGGCGCCAGUGCAGCAGGUGCGACAGGCUGCUGUUGCUGUGCUGGCCUGUGGCGCUGCAGCCGCCGUCUUCAACGCGUUCGUGGUGCAGUCACGAGCGCACGCGAGCGCCGACGGCUACUCCCUCCUUGUCAAGCCCCCGAGCGCGGGCGCUCGACCAGCGGCGGCUGACCGAGGACCUCCUUUUGGGGAGAUCUGGACGCGGCGCUCGCCGCCAGCCGGCAGACCUACGACGCAGAGCAGCGGCGCCGCCUCACUUGAGCUGGCGCGCGGGCCGGGGCGACUGACCUCGCGGGGGGCUGCCUCCCUUCUCGGCGCCGCCUCACUUGAGCCGGCGCACGGGCCGGGGUAG